ACAUGAUGCUCUCUGGGAGGCCGCUCAUGCUCCUGGCCACGGCUCUGAAGAUGAACAUGACGCUGCGGGAGCUUUACCUGGCCGACAACAAACUCAACGGGCUGCAGGACUCGGCCCAGCUCGGGAACCUCCUCAAGUUCAACUGCUCCAUCCACAUCCUCGACCUCCGCAACAACCACGUCCUCGACUCCGGCCUGGCCUACAUCUGCGAGGGGCUGAAGGAGCAGAGGAAGGGGCUGCUCACCCUGGUGCUGUGGAACAACCAACUCACCCACACCGGGAUGGCCUAUCUGGGAAUGACCCUGCCCCACACGCAGAGCCUGGAGACGCUGAACCUGGGCCACAAUCCCAUCGGGAACGAGGGCGUGCGGAACCUGAAGAACGGCCUCAUCGGGAACCGCUCCGUGCUCCGCCUCGGACUCGCCUCCACCAAGCUCACCUGCGAAGGUCAGCAC